UUUUCUAACCGGCAUGCAUCUCGCGGUGAUCGGUUCUGCGCAGAAUUUGCUCACAAUCUCAAACAAGCUUGAUACGCGCUCCGAUAAACUGGUUCGAAACAAUUGAUUUACAAAGGUUUCGAAGCUUCAUGAACAGUGUUUCAAAAGCGGCCAUUAACCAUCCAUGGCGACUUACAGUCUGAAAAAUAAGUUUAUCGUUAGUUUGUUGGCAGUGUAUGCAUUCUUCGUGCACGGUGCAUCUGAUGUGGACACAGACAGAGUGUCAGUGUUUGUGAUGAAGGGAGAUUCAGUCACUCUUCACACUAAUAUUACAAUAAACCAACAAUACAGAGUUAAAUGGUAUUUUAUUGACACUCUCGUCGCUCAACACAAUCUCGGUCAUAUCUGCAAAGAUGUUCAGUGUCAUGAAGAUAAUGAGAGAUUCAGAGACAGACUGGAGCUGGGUAAUCAAUCUGGUGAUCUCACGAUCACAAACAUCAACACUUCAGAUCAUGGAGUUUAUCGACUAAAGAUCUUCAGCAGCAGCAGCAGCAGCAGCCACAUUACAAAGGUUUUCGAUGUUGAUGUUUAUGAUGGCACUGCUGAAAUGAAGAGAGAGUCAGUGAAGGAGGGAGAAUCUGUCACUUUAGACACUCCUGAAGAAAGAAACCCAAAUGAUGUGAUGUGGUAUUUUAAUGACACUCUCAUCACUGGAGAUGAGAGUAAGAUCUGUACAGAUGAACAGUGUGAUGAGAGAUUCAGAGACAGACUGAAGCUGGAUCAUCAGACUGGAUCUCUGACCAUCACAAACACCAGAACCACAGACUCUGGAGAUUAUAAACUACAGAUCAAAUCCAGCAGAAACCGCUACAGUAUCACCAGCAUUAUGAGCUUCAGUAUUUCUGUGACUGAUUCAGGUCUGUCUUCAGCUGCUGUAGCAGGAAUAUGUGUUGCUGUUGGUGUUCUGCUGGUGGCUGCUGCUACUGCUGGUGUGAUUUACUAUCGCUACAGACACUCUAGAAAGGAUGAAGGAAGCCCUCGUGAUCGGAGAGGAUCCCGACACAGGGCCAGCACCAAUGGGAGGCAUUUGCGGACCCUGACCCCACAAACGGGUUGCUAUGCCCCCCCUUUCCAAUCUCUCGCCGAAAGUGAAAGUGAAACCGAAUAAAACAGCGCGCAUAGGAAAGCGCUUGCACGCUUUCUUGAGUGUCAGCAACUGCACACGAUUGCAGAUGGCACCCAUCUUUAAGCUGGAAGUUAAAGUG